UGAUAAGAUAACGCGAACGCACGGACUGCCAGGCAGGCAUACAGCGGUGUGCGCUAAAGGCAUCAGUGCCGCGCCUCUCUUUUUCUAAAGGGAGUUAAGUGUACUUCCACAAUUAGCGGCUUCCAUGUACGUGAAACGAGACGAGGGCCGUGUACACCUGACACUAUGUCCGGAGGCCAGGAGGGGACCGGACACGCGAGGGAAAGAUCCCGAUCACCGGGGAGCGACGAGAGGCACCUCGUAUGCGCUCUGGAGAUGGAGAUGACCAAGCGCGCCUUGCACGCCAACUCCAAGGCGGAUUGUGGGAACUACGACGGCUUGGUGCAUAGAAACGGCGGGGACUCAGCGGAGGUGGCCGUGCCCGUGUCUCUCUCCGGCAAGAGGGCGACUCAAAUGGAGGGAGACGACCUGUACAGGCUGCGCGACAGAAAGUUCUUGUUGGAGGACAAGAAGCGGCUGUGCACGCUGGCUUUGGCCGCAGCUCUGCUCGGAAUAUUGCUCAUGAUCCUCCAUACCGAGAUGUGUCCUUUCGUCUACAAACCGGGCACCGACAUUGCCUUAAUCAUCAACUGUUCCAUCAGCUUGUCCACUGGCUGUCUCCUCAUCUUCAUCAUCGCUUUCCAUUACAAGGACAUCAGGCUCUUCAUUAUCGAUCAAAACCAGGUGGACUGGCGCAUUGCCAUGACCAGCCACAGGAUUUUCCUGAUCACGCUCGAGUUAUUAACCUGUGCCAUCCAUCCCGUCGGCACAUACUGGGAGAUGGGCCUCCACGGCAACUCGUCUUUCUCACCUCCACUGUGUGACUCCAACCAUCACAAUACGACCCUCGCCGAUUUGGAGCUGCUGCUGUCGGUGCUGAUGUUCCUGCGCCUGUACCUGGUGCACCGGGCCGUCCUGUUGCACAGCAAAGUGUUGCUGAGCGCCUCCUACAGGAGCAUCGGCUCGCUCAACAAUAUCAACUUUACCUUCCGCUUCGUACUCAAGGUGCUGAUGAACAAGUAUCCGGCUCGCACCCUGCUGGUUUUUAUUCUCUUCUUCUGGCUCACAGCGUCCUGGAUGCUUACUCUGUGUGAGAGGCAGACUGCAGGUUCGACAGAUCACAUGGAAACGGCCUUGUGGCUCAUCGCCAUCACCUUCCUGACGGUGGGCUACGGCGACGUAGCGCCCAACACACGCUGUGGCAAGUCGGUGUGUCUCUUCACCGGAGUCAUGGGUGUAGCCUGUACCGCCAUGCUGGUCGCCGUGGUAACCAAGAAGCUGGCGUUGAAUAAAGGAGAGAAGCAUGUGCACUUUUUCAUGCUGGACAUCCAGAUCUCAAAAGGGAUCCGCCACGCUGCUGCAAACGUGCUGCGCGAGUGCUGGUUGCUGCACCGAGCUAACUUGACCAAAAGAACUCGAGGAGAACACCGACGCCACCAGCGAUGUCUUCUGGAGGCCAUCAGAGUGUUUCGUCACUUGCGCCUCAAACAGAGGAAAUUGCGCGAUUACGUCAGUGAGAUGGUGGACCUCCCAAAGAUGCAGAUGAUCAUGUGCGACCUCAGCGCCAAUUGGAAUAAUUCGUAUCGAGAACUGGAGCAGCGUAUCCUGUCCAUGGAGCAGAAACUCGAGGAGUUGAGUCGCUGCUUCCAAGAAACCUCAAAGCUUCUGUCUCAGGUCCUACGUCACCGCAACCAGGAGAUCAGGUGACACGACCACCGCCCACAUUUCAGAAAUGAACUUUUUGUCCAACAAUGCCGACAAGAGGAAGAAAUGAUCAUCUCCACCUGUGCAGAGCUACUUCUACAUGCUUCAACCGUUUUGGAGGAGCGGCGCAAGCGCCUCAGAGGUCAUCUUCAGGCAUUCUUCACCAAUCAUGACUACGGAAGAACUCAUUGAGAGCUUUCCAAUCUACACUGUCAAGCUUCUAGACUUGCUCUGUAUUAUUAUUAGAAUACACCAUUAUUUAAAGGCUUUUUUUAUUGGACUCAUCCGUCCCUUAUUUAUUUUAAACUAAUUGGUGUUAGUCUUCACUUUUAUGAAAGCUUUGCACAAGUCAAAAUGAAGUGUUGCAUUCAAAGACAAGUUUAUUUUAAAUUGUUUAACAUCUUAGCAUGUUCAUCUCAAAUGUAAGACGGUCAAGAUGGGAUGAAGAUCUAGUUUGUGUGGGGAAUUGACAACGGGGUACAAGAUGGACAAAGUGCUCCCUCUAGCGGACAUUGAGUAGAUUGAGUACAACAGUGAUUACGUCGUCAUUAGUUCAUUCAAAAAAUCCGAAAUUAUCAAAACACAGUUGAGAAAUUGAACCACACAAUAUUUGACAUACAGUGAACCCCUGCACAUUUGCAAUCAACAUUCUCAAAUUUGCACAUUUCUUUGGAAUCUACCUUGCUAUUUGCUGAGAACUUUGGCUAGUUGCUGUUUUUGUGCUUUAAGGGAAACUGUUUUAUUAUCCACAUUUGAGAUGUCCUGUUACGUUGGCCGAUGUUGAAUGCAUCUUGUGAACUGUCAAAAGUGAAACUGAAAGCGUUUCUUUUUCCUCUCAUAAUGCAGUGACUAAUGGCCAGCUUAGUUUGCCAUUACAAUUUGUCCAUAUUAAUGCUACCACGUUGUGGCAUCUCUCCUCCAUUAUAAAAAAA